AUGGUGCCACCUGUGGUUGUUUCAACUGGGGUUGAUCCAGCCAAGUUGUACUAUUCGCAGAAAAUCCAGCAGAAGUACCGCACCGAUGCGCCGGAUAACCGUCUGGCAAAGAAGGCCGAGCCUGAGGCGGACAUCCAGUUCAAUCCAGACCUCGACACGUUUCUGGCGAGAAGUGCCAAGAGAACCCUCGCUGGGGGCUUGGAGAAGGCCGUUCCGAAUGGGUGGCCUGCUUCCUUGAGUGGACGCCUUGCCUGGAAAGGGUCAAACUUUGAAGACGAGUCCAGUUUCAUCUACCGUCUCUCAGACGAGGAAAAGGAAGAGAUCUCACGAGCACUGAGCUGGUUCAAGGACCAGGAACUGGAUGGCAAUGAUGUCUCAGCGGAGAAUUUCCCGCUUCCAACACUGGCGCCUCGUCUUGCAGCGGUUUCUGAGGAGGUAUACAACGGCCUUGGGGCGGUCAUUCUCCGUGGGCUGGAUGUGGACCAGUUUUCUCCACCAGAUCUUGCAACCGUCUUCCUCGGAGUGUCCAGUUACAUUGCCCGUAAACGAGGCGUGCAAGAUCGCAACGGCACAAUGAUCAAACAUCUCAUGGACAACGGUGCGGCGGACUCACAGGCCGAGUUGCCUCUUCAUACCGAUGUCACCUGCGAUAUCGUGGCAACUCUGACGCGCCAAUGCUCUACGGAGGGCGGCAUGUGUACUAUUGCAUCGUCUUGGACGAUCUAUAACGAGUUGGCCGCAACGAGGCCAGACCUGAUCCAUGUCCUGGCGAGACCGGACUGGCCGUUUGAUACAUUUGGCCGCGAACCACCCUACUACAAUCGUGCGCUCCUGUUCUAUACAGAUGGCAAAGCGAUACUGAACUUCUCCCGGCGUGUCCUCACCGGGCACCCUUACGAGCCACGCUCCCAGAGCAUCCCGAGGCUCUCAGAGGCGCAAGCUGAUGCCCUUGACUCGGUUCAUUACAUCGCCAAAGAACACCAGAUGAAGCUCACCAUGGAGAAGGGAGACAUGCGUUUCAUCAACAACACGGGCUUGCUGCACGGCAGAGAAGCCUUCUUCGACAAUGGCCGGGAAAAGAGUAAGAGGCAUCUGCUUCGAUUGUGGCUUCACGACGAAGAGAAGGCUUGGACUUUGCCUCCAGCGCUGAGGCUUGCUUGGGCCAGAGUCUUUGAAGAUGACGAAAGGGUGACUCGAUGGGACAUUGAGCCCGUCCGAGUCAACGGAGUCCUCAUGUGUCGUUCCUCCUCUCCAUGUGACUGA